CCUCCACAAUCUUUAUCUCUCAAUUUUCGGCUCUGAAAUCGAUGAGGAAAUAGGAGACGAAUUUCUCACCUCCUGGAAAUCAAUAUCAGUAAUGGAAGAUGAUGGAAUGGAUUUUCACUUUGAUACAGUUUCCAAAGGCUCCAAAGGCAAGAAGAAGGUGUUUGACUUUGAGAAGCUGGAUAUGGAUUUCAAUCUGGAUGGUGACUUUGGCAAGAUAUCGUAUUUCAAAAUGGACAUGCCAGACCUUGAUUUCUCAAGCCCGCCCAGAAAAGCUGCAAAAACCAAGGAGAGAUCUGAAGAAGAACCUUCCAAAGGAAACCGUCAAGGGAGACAAGACCCGUUUAAAUUCUCUUUUGAUUUCAAUGAUGAGUUGGAUGAUUUUGAUCUUGAUCCAAACUUAAAGAAAAGUGAAAGGAGUUCAAAUAAGAAACAAGAUAGCAGAAAAGAGGUUCUUUCUGAUAGAAGAGGACCUCAAGGCUCUAAAAUUGACCUGGCUGAAGAUAUUAGUACACUUGAUGGUGGUUCUGAGAGAGUAGACCCUUCAAAGAUUGAUACCUCGUUAGUUAUUUUACGGAAGGUUAUUUCUAUCAAUGAUAAUUGCCCAUCAAAAUCUAGAUCGGAAAAUCUGGAACUUCCAUAUGGUCCAAGGUCUCCAGUAAAGGUAAUGACUAAGAGUGUUGAAGAAUCAGAUCAGCGAAGUCAUUUAUCUGAGGAGUUGGCCACAGAACCAUAUGCUAAACCGGCAACAGAUGACUUGUCUGGUCAACUUGUAGGAGGAGUUGAUUCAAAUGGAGGUACCCUUUUUGAAGGAGAGAAUGAUGGUUGUCUUCAGACAGAUUUUAAUACCGAUGUUGAUGAGAAAAUGUCAGCAGGAGACGGUCCUAAUAGUGAAGACUUGCCUUUGAAGGAUUCAUCACCAGUAAACAUUGACAGUCCAGAUAGCAAGAAUGGUGAUGGGAGUAAGUCCGGCGGUGAUAUAUCUACACAAAACACUGAACCAAAGUUAGGCAGUGAUAUCUCGACUGAAAACACUGAAUCAGCUAUAGAUGAUUUAGAUCUUGAACACAAUUUCAAUACAUUCGUCUCAAGGAAGACGCUGCUUAACAUCAAAAGUAUCAAGGAUGACCAAAAUUCGACUUCAAAGAUUCCUUUGUCUGCAGAGAGCAGUGAAUCUGCAGUUGAUAAAGUUACGCUGACAAAUGAAAGCAAAAGUGGAGAAUUCCACUCAAAAAUUUCUAAGAGAUUGGAGGAAGUUGGAUCUCAAAUGUGUCAGCCAUCAUUAAUAGGAGCAAAAUCUCUCUCAUCUGGUUCCAACGGGAUUGAUACCAUGCAUCUAUGUCCUGAGGAAAGGGUGGUUACUAAUGCUCAUGAUGCACAAAUUGGAAGCAAAUUGCCUGAUACUCCUGUGUUAGUUGAUAAAGAAACAAAAGCCAAACAUGUAAUAUCGGGAGAGAGGACCUCAUGUCUGAUGGUGUACCAAACAGGGCCAAACUGGUUUGCAAUUCACGGCUGUCUUACAAAGAAGGAACAGAAAGGGAACCUGUCCUGGGAAGUGGACUGAGAAAAAGUCUUCAUGAUCCAAGGCAUGUGAAUAUUUCUAGCGAUCAAGCAAAUCCUUCCAAUGCAAUUGAGAAGGCUAUAAAACCUAGUGCUCAGACGUGUAAAUCCUAAAUCUAUGCUUUCAAGCCUGGAGUCUAUGAGAAACACAAAGAUCAUUACAGCUGAAGGGAGUAAACUUUGUCCUGAUAAACCUGCCCAGAAGAAAACCAACCUUUCUACCUUGAACAUUUCAAAGUAUGGUGCGAGAGAAUAUUGGUGGCAGUAAAGUUUCAUGGAAUGCUUCCCUGAGGAGUCCACAGAAAAAACAUGGAAGUGCAACGAAAUGUGGAAUCAAAGACUGCCCAGAUUGUUGAUCACAGUGAGAAACAAACGC